AUGCCUGUCUUGUCUGUGGCAAUGGAAAAAUAUUUCAGCUUUUCUUUCCAACCUACCUUUUACUUAGAACUAAUGUUACCUUGCUCUUUUUCUGCUUCCCGCUUGUCAGGAUUUGGUGGGCUUGAAACUACAAACUCCACUGCCAGUGGGUUUAAUUUUGGGGGUUUCGGAUUAACUGCUAAUCCUGCAGUGAAUUUUAAUAUUGGGAAUUUCGGUGUUUCCACUACCUCAACUCCACCAUUCAAUUUUGGUAACAGUCUGGCAAGUGCAGGUGCGUUUGGAGGGUUUGGGACGACUACUACCACAGUGGGACCAACAUUCAGUUUUUCUGCUCCCACCAAUACAGGCACCAGCGGACUCUUUGGUGCUAACCAGAACAAAGGCUUUGGAUUUGGUACUAGUUUUGGCACAGGAACUGGAACUGGCUUGGGUAGUGGGUUGGGAACUGGGCUAGGCUUUGGAGGCUUCGGUACCCAGCAGCAACAGACCACAUUAGGAAGCGGCUUGUUCAGCCAGCCUGCUCAGACACCUGCCCAGUCAAACCAGCUCAUCAACACAGCCAGUGCCCUCUCGGCUCCGACACUCUUAGGAGAUGAGAGAGAUGCUAUUCUGGCAAAAUGGAACCAGCUUCAGGCCUUCUGGGGAACAGGCAAAGGUUACUUCAAUAAUAACAUCGCUCCGGUGGAGUUUACACAGGAAAACCCCUUUUGCAGGUUUAAGGCUGUGGGUUACAGUUUAAUGCCCAACAACAAAGAUGAAGAUGGCCUCGUGGUCUUGGUCUUUAACAGAAAGGAAGUAGAUAUUCGAAGCCAGCAGCAGCAGCUUGUAGAAUCACUACACAAAAUCCUGGGAGGAAACCAGACCCUCACUGUCAAUGUAGAAGGUGUUAAAACGAUGCCAGAUGACCAGACAGAAGUGAUCAUUUACGUUGUUGAGCGUUCGCCCAACGGCACUUCGAGGAGAGUUCCCGCAACGACCCUCUAUGCCCACUUUGAACAAGCCAACAUAAAAUCAUCUCUGCAGCAGCUGGGGGUCAGCCUCUCCAUGGCCAGAACAGAGCUUUCCCCAGCACAAGUCAAACAGCUCCUGCAGAACCCUCCUGCCGGUGUUGAUCCUAUUAUAUGGGAACAAGCCAAAGUUGAUAAUCCUGAUCCUGACAAGCUUAUUCCUGUGCCAAUGGUGGGUUUCAAGGAACUGUUGAGAAGAUUGAAGGUCCAAGAUCAGAUGACCAAACAGCAUCAAACUCGAUUAGACAUAAUAUCAGAAGAUAUCAGUGAGCUGCAGAAAAACCAAACAACAACUAUGGCAAAAAUUGCACAGUACAAAAGGAAACUGAUGGCACUUUCUCACAGAACGUUACAGGUAUUAAUAAAGCAGGAGAUCCAAAGGAAAAGUGGUUAUGCUAUUCAAGCAGACGAAGAGCAGCUUCGUGUGCAGUUAGAUACAAUUCAGUGUGAACUCAACGCACCCACACAGUUCAAGGGCAGACUGAAUGAGCUCAUGUCCCAAAUCAGGAUGCAAAACCACUUUGGAGCAGUGCGGGCUGAAGAACGGUAUUACAUAGAUGCAGACCUCUUAAGGGAAAUCAAGCAACAUCUGAAGCAGCAGCAAGAAGGCCUGAGUCACCUAAUUAGCAUUAUAAAGGAUGACUUGGAGGACAUCAAACUUAUAGAACAUGGGCUGAACGAGAGCAUUCCCAUCAGAGGAGGAGUCUUCAGUUGACCUGGUGGAUGCUGCUGGGCUUACACAGAACAUGUUACUUCAGUUCAUGGUUCACCUUCCAAGGCUAAAACUGUUGAGGUAAAAUAAAACGUGUCUUCUAGGAGCAAUGGUAUUCUGGCUGUUAUCUUUAGAGUUAGCAAAGCCUCUUCUAAGCUUUUGAACUUGACCUUUGGAAGGUUUAUAUUUUAUAAAGCUGUAUAUGCUUUAAUAAAAGAAGGAAAACUUAAUCUGUUCAGAUACUGGUUUACUAUAAAACUAUAUGUACUAUUGUACAUUUUUUCUUUUUUUCCCCCCCUUUUUUUUACAACAGCAUUGUCCUAGAAAUGCAGUGCCAAGGAAAUUGUUCCGCUU